GGCAGGUUUCUGCCGGUCGAACGUUGCAAAAUCUGCACAAUACGACCCAUUUCCAGUCGGUGAAAAACCAUGGAAAUCGGAAAUGGUGAAUCAUUGGACUCUCAAGAAAAACUUGAGAAAGAUGACAAGGAAACGAAGAGUUCGAACGAGUCGUUUGGAGAGGGUGUUGUAAGCGGGACUGAUGUCGACGCUGGGGUGUUGUUGCGGAGCGUACGACGCGGGUCGGUGACUGCAGCGGAGAGCCCCCGACCGAUGACCGGUGCGCGGGGCGGGAGUAGUCAUGUUGGCUCACAUUCCUUCCAUUUCGUUGGGUCUAAGAAGCAGGACGCUUCUUUUGCUGAUGUUGGGUUUGUGAGACCUCACCACAGCCGUGCAGAUGUGAAUAUCUCCAAGCAGGGAGUGAACGAAGGGGAUGAGGUUGCAAUUGAGGGGAACUUGUCGACAGUUGAAUCCAGCAAGUCUGAUACCGAACUCCUGAUGCAGGAAACAGACGCUGAAGUUCCUGAUGUCAGGCUAGAUCAACUCUCUAGUGAGAUGGCUAAAGUAGUCACACUGGCUUCAGCUAGCGAAGUUGUUCGUCAGUCAAACUCUUGCGACCAAGUGUCGGCGUCUCAUCUCAACAAAUGCAACUCAUCCUCUCAGGCACACUGGGCUGACUCAGGUAAUAAUGUUGAUCUAAGAGGUCAGAGGUCAAAUGGAGGAAUCAAGGGAAAAAAGAGCUGUCGACCCGUAGAGGGCAAAAGGUCUAGCAACACCAUGCUCGGACGCAUUAAAAACCUGAACUGUCUAAGCAGCUCCGAUGAUGGCCGCAGCAGAGAGGACAUGACUGCCUCCUCGGAAGAUGUCUCAAAGACUCCUCGAUCCAUCUCCAAGAUUCCAAAGAAGAGGAAGACCAAGAAGAAGAAGAAACACGGCGAAGGAGAGGAGAGUGAGAAGGGUAACUCGGAUGAGAAGAGCAGCAGCGGGACUGAGGUUGGGAGAGUGAUGGCUGAGGAGGAGGUUGUUGGGACUGAGAAGAAACCGAAGGAGGCGGAGCGAGACGUUGUGCUAGGAAAAUCAAAUGAAGACGUGUCUUUGCCAUCUCAGCCAGAUGUGUUGAAGGAGAUUAAGACAAGUGCCUCUCCUGUAACUCAUCAACAACCAACUCAAGAUGAUAGCAGCAGUCAGGGAACCAGACCCUCGGAACCAAUUCUAGAUGAUUCCAAGAAAAAUGUGGAACUGUCUGGAUCCAGUAUUGAGCUCCUAAAAGAGUACGAAGAUCACGUCGAUGAUGGGGAAACUGUGCUUCCUGCCGUCCUCACCGACGACCAGUUGCCCUCCGGAAAUAUAAAACCUACGCACUCUGUGGAGUUUGACACGCCACCUAAGAAGAAGAUGCGCGCUGACGCCGCAAGAGAUCCUGGCGUUGUUAACCAUUUGAGCACCCCUCCGAUGCUUCUGCACCUUGUGGAAGAGGUUCUGAGGUCCAAAUCAGACAUACCCCUGAAGGCUGUGCGGGAGAGAUGCAGAAUACUCAGCCAGCAGAGUGGCGCUUUGCCUGGAGUCUCCAUUGAUGAGACACUCCGCCUGGCAGUCUUGGGAUCACUCUCCUUCGCAGCUGAGAGGGUCCCUGGACACCAGGAGAUCAGAAGAAGAGCUGCCAGUGCUCCAGGACCCCUCGAGCAUCUACCCCAAGCUUUCAAUGCCAGCGAGAUAUCAGUGGACCCGAAGAUAGAAUCCGGCAUUUCCAGUUUUGACAGCGCUCUAAAUGAGUACACCGGAUUACUCAAAAGUAAAACAGACUCGGGAUCGAGUAGUGGGAUAACUUUCCGGCAAAAUGGCGACCAGACGACGAAGAGUUCAUCAUCUGACAGCAGCCAGGAUGAAUUCGUCCGACGAAUGCAGAGAGCUCGACAUUCAUCAAGGUAUCAGGCUUCCCCCUCCCCUACCCCGCAGCAAGUCCACUUCUUAGACAACACCAAGAAGGGAGGGUACCAAGACACUAAGGGAGACAGCAUUGGUAGCAUGAUGGCCACUUCCUCUGUCUAUGGUAGCAGCCUCCAGGCCAAACUUGCUGGACUGGAGACGGAUCUCAGCAGCGAUAAAGAUUUAGGAAAGCCGUACAAGGUGGAUGAACCACUAGAAGAAGAUUCUAUGAGGAGGAAGGAAUUGGCUUUCAUCUUAAAGAUGCUUCAGAAGGACAAUGGAGGUCAUCACCAGGGUUCAGAGGUCACGAUGGAUGCCAGCCCUCUAGAGGCUGCUAUUAGUUAUUUAUACUGGAGCAGACACGAUGCGCAGGAUCUACUCAAGAAACCACAACAGCAUCAGAAGGUUGUGAUUGAAGACAAGCUAGAGGCCCAGAAUCUACAGUUGGAUCUACCUCCACAUAGCAGGGGAAAUGAUAACUUGGAGCACUUGAAGAUUGAGCUUCAGCAAAGAGUCAAGCAAAUAGACGAUGCCAUCGCUAAACAUGAAGCAAUGGCAAAUGCAGUUACACAUCAACAGCAUCUUGAAAGCCCUGGACCCAUCUUAGCUGAUCUCAUAACAUCAAGCCCUGACAGCAAAUCCUCCUCAUCUUCUUGUGAAGACAGCCGACCCCCAAGCAGCUUCCAAUGUAACCGCUCGGUGGCCUACAUGUCCCCCGGGGGCGCUCUGGGGGGUGGGAUCCCCAGCGUAGAUGAGUGUGGAUCUGCUAGGAGACUCAGGAGGGAGUCGUUGGAGAAGACGAUGGACCUAUCGAAGGAGAAAGAGCAAAUGUCGGCACAGAUGAAGGAGCAACGUCUUGCUGCUGUUCAGCUAGAAGCGCAUCUUCUGUCUCAACUGACCACCCUCACCAAGGAAUAUCAAGGUCUUAUGGCCCACGAUCAAGAACAGCAAAAGGUUGUUAGGGAGUACAAACAAAAGCUGGACAAGAAGCAAAAAGAUUUAGACCACAUGGAAGCCCAGCUUGCCGAUCGAGGACUUGAUACAGAGCAGGUGCAGCAAGAACUAGACACCAUCUCCUUCACAUUCAAAGAGAAGAUCCACCACCUUCAGACCCAACUCGCUGGAGCAGAGAGACAGAACUUGGACCUGCAGGAGAGCCUCAGAUAUGCCGGGACGAUGCUGGAGACCAUGAAGGAAGAAUCCAAGAUGAAAGACGGAGAGAUAGUGAAGCUUCGCGAGGAAUUUAUGACAGAGCUGAAAGAUGAGAGAAGUUACCGCUCUCAGCUUGAUUCCAAGCUCAUCUCUCAAUCCAACGACAUCCACCACAUGGCCAUCUCCCUGAACGACCUACAAGAAGAGAACCACACCCAAGCAGAUGAGAUGCGCCAUCUCCACCAGGCACUGGAGGCGUCUCAUCAGAGUCAAGCUGAACUACAACAGCAACUCCAGCAAUCUGCUCAGAGACUGGAGACUGAGAAUCUCAAAUGGAGACAACAGAGAGAGCAACUGACGGAACACUUGAAUGAGACCAAGGCCUGUCUGGAGAAAUCCCAGCUUCAUCUGAAGACCUUGUCUCACACCAACCAAUCCCUGUCCUCCACCACCAAACAGCUUCAGACCAGCUACAAGGACCUGAGCUCCCAACUGGAGAAGGAGAAACUUGCCAAAGAGAUGACCUGCCAAGACCUGGAGAGACUCAGGGAAGAACUGGAGUCUGAGAGGAAGACUAGGUCUGAUCAAGUGAAUUCCCAGUUGUCCCAGUGGCAGGGAAGUCUACAAAAGAGUACCAAGAAGCUGUCUGCUGCCCUCAAUAACAAAAUACGGCAGCAACAGAGUGAGUUACAGCAUAUAAGAGAUAUCAAUACUGAACUGGCUGCUGGUCUUCAAGAUGAACCCAGUUUCACCAAGCCAACGACAAGUGGCCAACAAAGCGGGGCUCAGCCUGUUCAGUUUCCAGAGUUUAACUCGUCAUCUCAGAGUCCAUUGCAUCAAAAACGUCAUCAGUUCCAACGCCAAGCGCCGUGUUACUCUCAGCAGAGCGACUGGACAUACCUGAACACCGAGGGCAUUGCACCCGAUACUAGACAAGAGUGCGGCUCCUACCAGCAACACAGAAGGUGUUAAAAAUUAUCUGGAACCUCAGAGGAUUUCUAAAUGUGCUUAGCCAAAAUCAUGGGUACAUAUUUUGUUACAAAACCAAAAGACACCAAAAGGCACAAUUUUUUUGUUUAAAGAUACUUAAUGAACUCCAUAUAAAUAUUGUGAUAUUGUGAUUAAGUGUGCAUCAAUGUCAUUUCCAAAAAAGUUACAACAUUUUGACUGAAUAAUCACCCGGAGGGAUCACAUUGAUUUAGGGACAUUUCAUGUAUUUUAUCACUCCACUUAGAGUAUAUAACCCCAAACAUAUUCAGCAGAUUAAAUGAUUGUUUGGACUGUUGGUUUAUUGCAGUAAUCAUUGUCAUCAAUAAAGUGAACUUUUUAAAUUGUGAAUUUAAUACCAAGUCAAUGUUUUGUUCUUUCUAGAAUUUACUUUUAUGCGCAUGUGUUAUCACAAAGUAUGACCUAUUUUUUUCACAAAUAAGGAAGGACCAUAGAACAAAGAAAACAAUUUGAAAUAAUAAUUAUAAUAAUAAUUACACAGCAUUUGUAAAGUGCACUUUAUCUCUGUGACAGUCAAACGCGGAAAUCUAGUAAAAUUAGUCAAAUUUGGCUAAGAUAUAAAACCUUGCACCUUCAGGGAUUGAAACUAUAAUACUAUUCUCUUUAACAACUUGUGUACCAUUCAUUUUAUUAUCUUAACAUGUGGAUAGGACAUGAGCAGUGUGAGCUCCAAUCAAUUAUUUAACCACUAAAAAAAGGACAUGGUGGAAACUUAAACAAAAGGUAUGAAUUAUCAAAUCUAAUUGAUCAACACAGGUUGCCCUCUUUGAUAAUUCUUUAUUGGGGAAUCCAUUCAAACAUCAGUCAAGUUUCUGAACAAAACCUGAUCAUGGAUGACAAUAACCAUUUGGAGAUUAUUAUCUUUUGUUGAAAUAAUAAAAUGUAAAUAAGA